AUGCUGGGCGGGGCGGCGGGGGGCGCCCGCUCCCGCCCGCCCACUGACCUCCAUCAAGGUAUGCUCUCCUGGUACACUAAGUAUAAAGUACACACACUCCACCAGCCCUCAGUUCUCACAGUCGUUAUAAAGCAUGUUUCGUCCGUGUGUCCGUCAGUGAGUGAGAGCGUGUUCUCGUCCUCCGUGUCGUCGCUGGCAGCUGCUGCAGCUCCUCCAGCUGCUCCAGCUCCUCCGCCGACUCACUCCCCCUACCCUCCGCUACACCUGGAGCUGCUCAACUGCUCGCACCGGCUGCUGCUCGCUGACAAGGAGACCAGUAAGAUGGAAGACUCGAAGAUGGGUAAAUGUAUCCCGGACACGCUCUGCUGUCCGGACCAGAGACAGCUGCUGGACGGAGUGAUGAUGGAGCCGCUCACCAUCAAGAUGGAGCAGGCCAAGAGGACCUGCAACACCUGUCUCACCACCUCGCCCAAGAAGGUGAUCCACACGGACGGCGGCUGCAGUCGGACCAACCCCGUCACGUGGCUGGGUGUGGGUCACGUGGGAGGACACGUCGGGGGUCAGAGCGUGGUGCAGGUGAAGCGCGAGCCGCAGCACAUGCACGUGUCCGAGCUGGUGGCCGUCAAGCUGGAGCAGGCCUCGCCCGGACACAAGCCGGACCCGCCGCCUAUACCGCCUAUACCGCCCUCACUCAAUAAUGGUUCUAUCCCGGUCGGUAUAGCGGUGGCUAGGCAGCGAGUGGGCGACGGGGGCUUGCUGGCCGCGCUCUCACAGAAAGACAACCAGCGACUACAUGACAUCGACACGCAGGCGGCCAUGACGGUGGGCGUGGCCAACGUACUCUGUGAUGACCGGCCCGCCCCCAUGGCGUGGCCGACCCCCGCUCCCGCCGCCCCGCCGCUGUGGCAGUACCCAGCACAAGUGUCGAUGGAGAGCAUGAUGGUGGGCGGCAUGGGCGGCGUGGGCGUCGGGUCCGUGGGCAGCGGCAUGUCAUCCGUGGGCGGCUUCCAGCUGGUCCGGGAGCCGUCGUCGGGAGCGCUGCUGCUCCUCCCCGCUCCCCCCGACCUCCCUCACGCGGUGGUGUGGGGCGGAGUACCGUAUCCAUCCACUCCUUUACUGCUGCCGCCCGCUCCUCAUCCAUCACAUCACCUUCAGCUCCUGCCGGGUGACCUGCUCGCCUCCACGGCCACGCUCCAACACACCCACACUCACUCCACGCGGCUGGUCACCCUCGCCCCCGCCCCGCCUGCACAGCCUCACCCUCACCCCGUCGAUAAGAGGAAGCCCCUCAUCCAGCCGAUAAUAACUCCUCACACGCUCAUCAAAAUAGAGCCGGAGCCGCCGCAGGAGAAGCCCCAGGCCUUCGCCCCCGAGCCCGUCCAGCAGCCGAUCCUCACCACUCACCUGUACUACCAGCCUGAGUUCCAAGAGCAGGCGUGCAGGCCCCAGGGUCCCCCGGCGGCCCCACAGACCCCGCCGCCCGAGGCCCCCGCACACAAGGACGCCUCCAACCAGACGGACCACAUCGACGAGGACGAGGACGCUCCUAUGAACGGGGACGAGGACGAGCGGGAGGUGGCGUGUGUGGGGGUCGCGCACUACCCGGAGGGAGCGAGCGUUAUACAGAUACAACCGACACAUCAGAACAUGGACGGCGCGGAGGAAACUACUCUGGAGGGCCUGGUGGCGGCCACCGUGGUGGGGGCGGUGGAGAAGGCGAUCAACGCGGUGGAGAGGGAAGAGGCCGCGGAUAACAGCAGCAGCCGCGGCUCACACGACCUGGUCAUAGACACGCCCGGCCGCCUGUCACCACUACACACCGCGCCGCGCCCGCCCGUCGAUGUCAGCGGGUUGGAGCUCCUCUCCAACAGUAUCGAACAGUUCGAGCGGACCACUCCCGGCACCCACGCGCCCGGACCAGACCAGGCACCGCUCACCAUCGACACGAGGCCGUCAACUAAAAUAAACAUACUCAUUAAAACCUCACCCAAGUCUCCCUCGCCGGACGAUGAAGUGGAGACGCAUAAGAUAAGGUUCCAGUUCCCGUUAGUGAACACCGGUGACAGUGACAAGCCGUCACUGGACGGGUUGGGGCUGCUGUGUGCUCUGGCGGAACAGAGGUUCAUGGAGGAGGUGGAGGAGAGUCCCUCACAGAACAUGCCCUCCACCUCCAGAACAUUUAUUAAGACGGAGAUAUUGAGUCCCACGGACAGAGAGAGGGAGAUAGCAUCCGAAUUAAAGAAAGAGAGACACAGACACAGAGAUGACGCCUCGAGUGAGAGAAGAAGGAAGAGAAGUACAGACAAAGAGGAGAGAUUACGACACAAACUGGAGAAGAUGCGCCGACACAAGAGGGAGAGGAAGGACACCGACAAAUCAGAAGGUGGCGAGUUGGAGGCGAGUCUGCGAAGAGUGACGGCGUGCUCCUGUGGGGUGGCGAACUGUUCACACACGUCGAGCGUCCCGUCCGCGCAGGCGCUGGUGAACGCCAUGGAGAAAGAUAUGAGGGAACGACUACAGGACCUGCAGCGGCAGUGUGAUGAGAAGCGAGCUCAGCUGGACGCUCUCACGCCGCCACUACCGCCGCUGGCCGCGCCCGCACCCGGCAUACAACUCAGCGCGAGUCCAGCACUGUCACCAGACUCAGACAGAGGAUCAUCCAAGAAACGUAAAGUAGGAAGACCGAGGAAGGUCUCCAGUCCCGACUCCACGGAAACCAUAGUAGCCAAGAAACCUAAAUCGAAGAACACUCUCGUCGGUUACCUACUGGCGAAGGGAAAACUCAAAGGGAACAUACUGUACUCGAAGGGCGAACCCUCGAGAGAAGACGGGAGCAGGACCAGUAAGGUGCGGCCGAAACUAAAAGCGGAGCCGGUGGUCAAGAUGUACUCCGAGGAAGACGAGAACGAGUGGGGACUCAACAGGUCCGCGAGCUCCUCUAUGGAGAGUCUGAACGAGGUGAGGCAGAAGAACAGGGAGAAGGUGGACCGACUGGCGAGGAAACACUCCAGAGACGACAUGUCCGAGAUAGAACUAGCGCUGCGGAGAGCGAGCGCCUCCAGCGACAGUGACAAGGAGAGAAGACGCGCGAGAAAGAGACGGAAGAGCACCAAGUCGAAAGAGAGAGGAGAGGAGCAGACACAGCACGAGCCGUCGACUCAGGCGAAGAUAUCCAAAUGUACUCUGACAGAAGAAAAAAUAGACACGUCGCCGCGAGUGUUGACGGCGAGGGGGGGACUGUUCUACGCGGGCAAGCUGAGCGCUGUACAGGCGCCUGACGUGUACGCGAUAACAUUAGACGGAGAGAGAGGGAACAAGCCGCACAUACUGUCCAGGGAGGAGACGCUGAGAGAUGCUAUCCUGGAGGUGAGUCCGUGUAGUGUCCGGGAGCUUCCUUCCGGUACUCGUGUGUGCGCGUACUGGUCACAGCAGUACCGGUGCCUGUAUCCUGGAACAGUGGCUGUAUCUUCCCCGGAUCCUCAUCACGAUAAAUUUGUCGCAGUCGAAUUCGACGACGGCGAUUCCGGCAGGAUAGCUAUAGAAGAUAUAAGGUUCUUGGAACCUAAUUAUCCUAUCGUUGAAUACGAAAACACAUUGUUCACUCUGAGCAAACGGCGGCGGAAUACAAGCGUGACGGAGGAUAAAAAACACUCGACGGCUUCCACGAGCAAUGACGUGAAGAACGAAACACAGAACGACGGACAGAAGGAGGAAGAAGAUAGACACAGAGAUAGGAAGAAGUUGAAGAAACAUCGCAAGGAAAAGAUGAGGCGGCUGACGAGCGAGGACGGCCCUUCAGAAUAUAUAAAGAAGAAGAAGAAGAAACACAAGUGCUGCGAGGAACACGGCAAGCAUCGCCGGCACCACAAGAAACAUCACCGGAAACACAAGAAGAGGCAUCACUCGAUAUGCAAGGAACACUCGAGUUCGUCCGGCGAUGAUCACAGACAGAAAUCAUCCUCCGACUAUAUGGACUCAAACAAAUCCAAUGAAGAUUCUUUGGACUCUAACGACCGGUUGUCAACACUGAUAGCGGUUGAAAAGUCUCCGGAAGAAAACAUGAAAACUGUUAUCAAGAAGGCCGUGCUGUCCAAGAAGAGUCUGGUGAAGAACGCGGUGCUGGACUUCAGUAACCUGAAUAAAAUAACACUCAAGAAGGAAGAAGUUAAGGAUAACCUUAAAGAUAGCGGGAUAGGUCUCGAAGAACCGGUCCCGGAGACUUCAGCAGCUUCCACGUCCACUGAUACUUCUAAAAAGAAGGUCAAGAAGCGUACAGUUUCCUCUACAUCCUCGGACGGAGGUGGUGGUGUAAGCAAGAUGGCGGCCUUCCUGCCCGGGACAGCGCUGUGGAGGUGGCACGGACCCGCAUACAGACGGACUACCAGGCCUCGACACAGGAAACUGUUCUACAAGGCCAUACAACGAGGAGAGGAGAUACUACACGUGGGCGAGGCGGCUGUGUUCUUGUCCACCGGCCGCGCCGACCGACCGUACAUAGGUCGGAUCGCGGCUCUGUGGCAGGCUCGGGGCGCCAUGGCGGUCAGAGUACACUGGUUCUACCAUCCCGAGGAGACGGCCGGCUGCAGAGACUUGAAGUACCCGGGCGGACUGUUCGAGUCCCCGCACACCGACGAGAACGACGUCCAGACUAUAUCUCACAAGUGUGAGGUUCUACCGCUGGCACAGUACCAGGAGCGGCUGGGGGACGACCCGGCCCGGUACAGCACCGUGUACGACAACAACGACGUGUACUACCUGGCGGGACACUACGACCCCACGCAGCAAGCGCUCACCAUGGAGCCCCACAUACCGCUGCAGGAGAACUAG